ACAUGUCCAUUAUGCACUAAGGAGGCUUUAGAAGUUUCUGCAUUCUUAUUUUCAGUCUUUACUGUUUUUGGACCUCCUUGUAUUUUGCAAAGCGAUAAUGGGCAUGAAUUUACAGCUCAGGAUAACCAGCAAAGAGAUUGGAGUGUCGGUCUUCCCAUAGUUACAUAUGCUAUGAACAUUCGUUAUUCCAGGCCUACUAAGUAUACUCCAUACGAAUUAGUUUUUGGUCAACAUCCAUUACGACAUUUCAAUAUGGUCGAAGAAUGGAGGCAACACAAUAUCAACAUGGAGAAAGACUUACCAGAAAACAUUGUUGAAAAUGAGAGUGAUAUUGAAGAUGUUGAUAGCAGUAACGAUAUGUAUUAUACUGAUCAUUUUGAUAAUAAUGAGCAAAUUUCGACUCAACAAUUUAGUAAUAACUCUGUAUUUCCAGAGAUAAUGGAUAUAGAUGAUGAAGGUAUUUUGUAUGAUAGUGAUAUUAAUUUUAUGAAUAAUGAUAGGCAAAAUUUAGUUCUUCAGCAAGAAAAUGAGUUGUCUGAUCCUGAAAGUGAAGUAAGAAAUGUAGACAAAGAGGAUAAUCAAGAACCAAUCCUGAGAGACAAGGAAAAUGAUGGACUUAAUUCGUAUAAUUUUACGUCAAACAAAAAAUGUCGUCUUCAAAUUCUUCAAGAUUCAUCAAAUAAUCCAAUUCACUAG